AUGGAGUUUUCUAACAACUUGGGAAUGGAGACAGAGGAGACAUGCAGUGGCAACCAUGGAUCCACAUCGAAAUCUGUGAGGGGGAACUACAAUGAGCUAGCCAACGAGCGUGUGGAAAGUGAUAUUGGAAUGGAGAGAGAGACUGGAGGUAAUGGCGGUAUCGAAAUGGAGCAAAAGACCGAGUAUAGGGUGAGUAUGCGAGGGAGUUCGGACAAUGUCGAUGCGAUAUUGGACACAAAGAGUGUCAACAAUGGCAGUCAGGUUGGGUCGGUGUUCGACCAUCUAAAGGAAUUAUCAGAACAUCGCAAUGACACAUGUAAGAGACUGGAAGGCCUUUUGCAUAUCGAAUUGGGAGAAUUAUCAGGUCAAAUGAUGUCGACAACAGACAAGGUACUAAAGAACCCAGCGACCUAA